AUGAGUGUUUGUCUUUCUGUCAGUAAAUGUCUGCAUUUGAAUGCCCAUGUAAACAUGCAGUGGACGGCGGUGGUUUAUGCGGCACUGAUGACUGGUUCCAGUAUCUGCUCCGUGUUGGGGAACUUGUUAUUACUGUUGGUGGUGUUACUCAACCGAAGCUUGCAAACGGACACCUGGGUUCUCACACUGAGCUUCUGUCUAUGUGAUCUGGCGCUGGGCAUCUCCACCAUCCCUUUCGGUAUCCAUAACAGCCUUUCUCAAGUCAAGAGCUACCCCACCAAGAGCGCCACCUGCAAGGGCAGUGCCUUUCUGUUUUUAUUGCUCCAGCUUGCCUCAAUCCAUUCGCUCACCUGGGUGACUGUCGACAAGUUCAGAGAGAUCUGCUUCGCACUCAGCUACCCCGUGAUCUUCACAGCAUACAGGGCCAAAAUCAUCCUCGCAAUGGUGUGGGUCUACAGCAUCCUCAACGCAGCUCUGCCACUCUUUGGUUUUGGUAGUUACGUCUACAGCGAGACAAAGUUCCUCUGCGUUCCCAGCUUCAAACCGUCCAGUAUUGCCUUCAACAUGCUCUUCAUGGUGGUGGGAAUCAUUAUUCCCAUUGUACUGAUGUGCUCAAUGUAUGGAUAUAUAGUGUAUAUAGCCAGGAACCAGGUGCGACGAGGGACGUUUGUUUGCAACGAAGACCAUUGUUUCUACGUGCCAGCCAAUAAUUACUUCAAAAGCUCCAUAGUAAUGGUGACUACCAUAGUGUGCCUGCUCAUUUGCUGGCUGCCAUACAUCGUUAUCUGCUUCUAUGAGACACUGACGGGAAAAGAGAGCCCGCAGCCUGCCUCGGCUGUUGCCACAUGGCUCGUACUCUUCACUUCAGCUCUUAACCCAUGGAUCAACUCCAUGACUCAAAUGAGGUACAGAGCAGCGCUGCGCAAAACCCUGAAUAAAAUCUGGCAGAUGUUUGAGUAUUUUCGUAAAAACUCCCUCUCCCAGUGCACAACCAUACAGCCACGCCUCGAGAGCAACAGCUUCUCUUCGCCAGCUCCCAGUGUACCUCCGGCACUACAAACAAACAACGAACCCCAACAGGAACUCACACUAGUUUGAGUGCGACCCUCUCUGACCUUUGGUGGUUUGAAUAGCACAGAAAUAAUCAUGACUUAAGGAGGCAUCUGCAGCAUCACUUCACCCAAGCACAAGAGGACACUGGGUUGGCGGAGCUAACUAGAAGCAAAUUUCACUGCUUAUGAUGUCAACAGACUUCAUACAGAAUGAAAGAACCUAGUGCGAUAUUCUACAGUUAACAAAAAAAGAGAAUACAGGACUUUUGCAUCAGAAAAGAUGUAUUGUUUUCUUUUGUGACUUGAACAGAAACAGUGAAUCACUUUUUUUUUUAAAUGAAUGCUCAAAGGACAAUGCAAUGUGAUUGUGAAAUAAAACCUCUCUCUAAAAUGCUCAGCAUCUGAAA